CAAAUCGGGAUUGAUUGCCCAAUCAAAACCAAAACCAAGAAGUCGGUACCAUAGAAUUCAUGCUCUGGCUAGGUCCAUGGUCCAUGGCCUGACGCGGCCCGCGCCCAGCCCGCGCCGCUCCGGCCGCACACUCUACUCUCUCUGUGAAGGUAGCAUAUACCAGCUCAUUCAAAGCUUGACAGACUUUCGUCCUACGUCACUAGCAUUAAAGUGAUGUGAUCGUCCUCAAUCUUUUAAGUUUGUUCUUUUCAUCAUCAGAAGUGAUGCUGCGAAUUUUGUUUUUCACCUCGCUAUGUGGUCUUUGUCUGGCUCUUCCACAUUUAAAAAAGAAUGGAGAGGGACAUCGGAAAGCUGAUGAUGUGUUGCUGUCACUUGCAGCGGGCGAUCCCGUUUUCAAAACACAGCCAGAGCAGAUUCACAUUUCUGCUACAGGUGAUGUAACUGAAAUGACUGUAACCUGGAGCACUUUCAACCAAACCAAACAGUCAGUAGUUUACUUUGGUCUGUCAUUGGGCAAUUUAAGUUCUGUUGCCAAGGGAUCUGCUACUAAGUUUGUUGAUGAGGGACCAGAGAGGCAUACCCAAUACAUCCAUAGAGUCAAACUAACCAGUUUGAAGCCAGGAACGCUCUACACUUAUCGAUGUGGAAGUGAUGAAGGCUGGAGUUCACUCUUGACAUUCAAAACCUUACAAGCUGGCGCUGCUUGGUCUCCAACGUUUGCUGUCUAUGGAGAUAUGGGCAAUGAUAAUGCUCAGUCAUUGGCCAGACUACAAAUCGGAGCCCAAAAUAGAGAAUACGAUGCCAUUCUUCAUGUUGGUGACUUUGCUUAUGACUUUUCCUUUAACAAUGGAGCGAUAGGAGAUGAAUUCAUGCGACAAAUUGAAUCAGUUGCUGGAUACGUACCUUACAUGACCUGCCCAGGGAAUCAUGAAUUCCACUAUAAUUUCUCCCACUAUAAAAAUCGCUUCACAAUGCCAAGGUUUGAAGACACUCAGAACUUGUGGUACAGUUGGAAUGUUGGACCUGCUCACAUUAUUUCCUUUUCAACCGAAGUGUACUUCUAUGUCUACUAUGGCCUACAUCUUAUUGUAAAUCAGUUUAAUUGGCUCAAGGCUGAUCUACUUGAAGCAAACAAGCCAGAGAAUCGCAAGGAGCGUCCAUGGAUCAUUACGAUGGGUCAUCGUCCAGCUUACUGUACCAAUAAUGAUGCUGAUGAUUGCACCAAGAAUGAAGGCAUUAUUCGCAGUGCUGUAGAGGAAUUGUUCUAUAACAACGGUGUUGAUGUCGAAUUCUGGGCCCAUGAACACAGCUAUGAACGUUUAUGGCCAGUCUACAAUCGCAAGGUUUAUAAUGGGAGUUUAUCUGAGCCCUAUACUAAUCCCAAGGCUCCUGUUCAUAUCAUCACUGGGUCUGCUGGCUGUCGUGAAAGACGAGACCCCUUUUCUAAUACUGAGCCUUGGGAUGCAUUCCGAUCCAAUGAUUACGGCUACACAAAGAUGCACAUCAUUAAUACAACACAUAUUGACUUUGAACAAAUCUCAGAUGAUAAGGGUGGAGCAGUGAUUGACAGUUUCACUCUCAUCAAAGACAAGCAUGGUCCAGAAGCAUGGCUUUAAUCACAUGAGCAGAGGUGGAAGAAAUAUUGUCUAUGUAAAUCAUUAUGAACACACACCUACAUAGGCACACCUUCACUGGAAACAAAUGACAUCUAUUUCCUAUUUGUGAGAAGCAGUUUGUAACUCUAAUUGCUUACUUUUCCUUUUUGAAAUGCAAUAAUGAGACUUUGAAUAUAUUUCUGAUUUUUUCCUUUUCAAAAGUGGAUUUACACAUCUGAAAUAAGUUUAAUAUAAGAUUUGUUUUUAAUCUAAAUUAUUAAAUUGAAAUUGAACUCUGUCGUGAAUGGGUGGAAAUGGGCUUGAAUGUCAUAAAAAUUGGGAUUUUUUUUUUACAUCUUUGGCACAUUUGUGUGUGUGUCUGUCUACCAUUUACUAAGAUAUUCAUUUUGUGUUUGUGGGUGGGUGGGUGGAAGGAGCUCCUAAUUUUAUAAAUUUAAUAAGAAGAAAAUCUAUGAAGUAUGAUUAUUUUCAUCAAUGAUUUUUGUAUAAGUGACAUGAUAAUGUUUAUGAAUUAUGAUGAAUAAUUUCAUAGAUAAAUACAUUGUUUUUAACUAAAUUCAGGAAACAUUACCAUAACAAAAUUAUGGCAAGUGUAUAAUGAAUGUGCAAUCCUGUAGUAACAAUUAUUCAAUGUUUGGACGAUUUGUAAUGUGUACACACCCUGAAAUAUAUUUGUUUUGAGUAUUUACUUAGGAUGUAAAAUAGUGUGCUCACUGUAGAAAUCUUAUAUUUCAGGUUAAUUUUUAUGAAAGUUCCUUUAAUUCUAAAUUCUAAAAUCCAAUCUGAAUAUGUUGAAAUCACUGUUAUUAGACACAGUUGCUUACCAUUUUAAGUGCCUUGGACACAACUGGUCUCUAUUAGACUGUGUUAUCAGUGCUGCUAUAAACUUUCUUUCACUUGAAAAAUUGAAUAUUAAUUUUUAGCAGAAAGUCAUCUUAUUAUGGCUCCCAAUAUUGUUGCCAGGCAAUAACUAAAAUAGUAGAAAGAUUUCAGCCAUAUUUUGGCCUUUCUUGGACCUUUUGUCAUGCAUUUGCUGUAUGCACAUGUAGUAUGAUAUAUUUUUGCACAGAAUGAACUCCACUCAAGGGGCCUGUUUCAUAAAUCUUGUUUUAACUACAAAGAUGCAAUAACAGUUUGAAAUAAUUCAAUUUGAUUAGCUUAUAGCAAUCUUGUUGUAGAUAGUUUGCAUAGGUUAUUAUAACAAGUCUGUAUGAAAGGGAUAACCUAACAUUUAUGGCAUCAGCAUACACAGUUUUUUGGUCAGCCAUGACUGGGCCCUUUGAGGGCACUCAAAAUAUUUUUUGAUGGAGGUGUGCCCCUCUGAAAUGGUGGUCUAAGAAAUUUAUCAUAAGGGUAAAAAGUAUGGGGUCUUGGGAACUAAAUGUAUACCUCGCGGUGUGAAAAAUGGUUUACGGAACAUGAUCGUGGCACUGGAGGUACGGUGCACCAUAGCGCUUUGAAUGCGCUAGUCAUGCAUGGAGCGGCUACUUGUUGUAUGUAGGGAGUUGCGAAGCCGUAUGUGCAUCUCUCGCAUGCGAUGCUCGCGCUCGACAAUUUUGGCAGGGCUGGGGAACUGAGAUGUCUCGUAACGGAUGGAUUCUGAACUGAACUUUCGUCAAUCGGAGUAUCUAGAGAAUUGAAAAUUAGGUCUGAAAAUGGGGGUCAACAAAGUGGCCCGCCCCCGUACCACCAAUGUAUGUGAGUCCCCCCCCCCUGAGCUGAGCCAUUAAUAAUUUACCGAAGUGCAUUGGUUCUAAUUGGAAAUUGUACAUUAUUAAUGCUAUUAAUUCUUGUAUUCUGAAUCGUAUAUAUAUUUUUCAACCUUUGGUUUUGAUGAAUCUCAGUAUGAGCAAUGUUCGGAGUCUUUUCCAGAUGAGGGGAUGAGAUGAAUUACUUAUGUAGUACUAUGUUAUGUGAAAGAUUGGAUCUGAAAUCUGAUAUGGCUUGAUGAAAUUUAUAGUUAAUAUGCCAGAAAAAAAUUGGUGCCCCUAAUGGUCUUGAUAUCACUUCUGAUAUUGGACAAAAAAUUCAGGAAACAUUUUACAUUUGUAGCUUUCUAAGAAACAAUAAUUACUCUGUAUUUGUGUUACCCAGAGAGGGUACUUGCUAUAUAUAUAUAUGCCUACAUCCUACGAAAGGGCGAAGUCAAUGAAUGGUUUUAUUUCGUCAUAAUACACCUAUAGAUGCAAAGACGAAGGUAUAGGGUGUUAAGGCGCAUUACAGACAACGAAAGAAGACAAAAACAUUUGCCUUAAAGAUAAAUGCCAGUUGUGGUAACAAUUUCAAAAUGAUUUCGUACAGAAUCCAAUGAAAUGACCACCAAAGUGU